CCUCAUCUGCAACCGUUGCUCAUCUCGUGAUCUGCUUUUGUUUGUUGCUGACAAACACGAGCGGGAAAAGUUUGGUGAUGUGCCGCAUUGGGCAGUGAUCAAGGUUACUGGAUGUCCAGCAGUUGAACCAGAUGUUCAUCAUUAUCUACGUGUUUGCAAUUUCUGCAAGAAAAUCUUAGAACACAUUCAGGUGGAGGAAGCUCAAAAGGCGGAACAGCAGGAACAGCUGUUGGAGUCUAUGACAAAGCUGUUGUUUGUUCAUAAACACAUAAAUGAAGUACAGUCCAAGAUCGAUGACCAGCUCCCAGUUUACAAGCAGUUAGUAGAUGGAUUGGAAAUUACGUCUUCUAGCCCACGUACUCUGCCAACCAACCGUAGCAACAUGCAGACAUUGGCAAAAGCACAGGGAGAUCUGAUGAACCACUUUACAAAGUUUGUGAUGUGUGUAAGCGGUCUGAAAAAAUUUAGUCCAUCAAGCAAUGUGCAAGUUAAACUUGCACGCAACAUUAUGAAGUGUAAAUUUGAUCAUUACCAUGACAAUAUGUAUUCCUUCCGGAAGCUUAAAAAACAAUUGGAAGAUGUUGCACCGCCAGAAAUACUAUCAGGCAUACAAGAAAUUGUGGAUGCUAAGGUGAAUGCUAAAUAACUACUUGUAAAUUGUUGAGUCCAUCAUUCAGUUAUGUACUGAAUUUUCUAAUUAAUUACAGGGUUUAUUAGAUAGCUGAUUCAUUUUUAAAGCCAUUCUCUGGAGGA